CCAGGACAAGAGGGCAGAACACCGGUCCUUUGGAAGCUCGCUUCAUAAGCGGCUACACUGCAGUUACAUGAUGUACAUACAGCCCGGCCUUUUACAGAAAGUACCCUUUUAUUUGGUAUGUUUGUUUUGAUAGUCGUUUAUUAUUAUUAUUCUUUUUUAAAUAAAGAUAUAUGCUAGCUUAUUAGCGACCAACAUACUAUUGCUACAAAGAGUCAAACGGUAGGAAACCGUUGUCAGAACUGUUGUCUUCUAGCAACUUAAAGAAGUCCAGACGCUUUUCUUUGCAAGCUCCUUUGACUACGAUGACCUGGAUGACUGAGAACCUUCACAGACACACCGUUGUCUUCAUUAUCUUCACGAUUCAAGUUGAGUAAGACAGACAGACUGAGACUAAAAUAAUGUCUGAUCUAAAAUACUACAUGUCACUGUCUGUGACUGUGGGUGUCAUGUUGGUGGGCCUGUCAUACACAAUCUGUUUAGCCUCCCAGUGGAUUUAUGGUUGGCCUGACAAGCCUGGGUAUAAGAAGUACAUAGAAGCUCUUAAUCCAAGGCGAAUAUAUCGUCUCAGCUUUGUUACGCUGGAUCUUCUCAAAUACCUGCGGUAUGCCAGACUUUACUUUCAACUGAAGUCAUGGUAUAACGAUGAGAGGAACCUUAAGUAUUACGAAAAGGGCAUCACAUUUGGUCGCAGAGGCAACAAGCUGGACUUGUACCACCCUCCAAAUGUAGACAAGUUAGAAGAUAUGCCAUCACCAGUUGUAAUAUUUAUCUAUGGAGGUGCUUGGAGUUCAGGAGAAAGGUCCACUUACUGUUUACUGAGCAGGCAGAUGGCUGAAGAACUGAAAGCAACUGUAAUUUGUCCUGAUUACUGCACAUAUCCAAAGGGGAAUGUUUUAGGGAUGGUCCAAGAUAUCGCUGACUGCUUGAUUUGGGUCCACGAGAAUGGAGAGAAAUUCAACUUUGACAAAGAUAACAUUGUAUUAAUUGGGCAUUCAGCAGGUGCACAUUUGUGUACACUCACCACACUGUUUCUUGUUGAUACAAGAGAGGAGCUUUCCAUAGAGCCAGACAAGCAGCAGGAAGUCUUCCUGUUAAUAAGAGGAAUUAUUGGUCUGAGUGGCGUCUACAACACUGUGGAACAUUAUGAACAUGAACAGAAACGAGGAAUCGAAUACCUCUCUGACAUGCACAGAGCAAUGACUGGUGUGGAAAACCUUCCAUUCUACUCACCAACACACUUACUGAAGAAGCUCAGCCAAGACAAAGUCAGCAGAUUGCCUCCAUUCGCCUUGCUCCAUGGGACCAAUGACAUUGUCGUUCCUGCUGAAUCUACCAUGAGAUUCUCUGAGCUUCUCACUUCGCGCUCUGUUAAGUUGUCAUUGAAUCUGCUUCCCAGAGCGAGCCACACUGAUAUCCCCGUUGACCUCAUGGUGUCAAACAGACGCCUCUACCAUCCAAUCUACGGAUACAUCAACGAAGAGUUCAGAAAACUUCUGGGUACUUGCACAUCAUUAGAAAAACAUUCAAAAAUCUGUAAUACAUACUGAAUGAUCCAUACAUUUACGUUUUAGAUACUUGUUCUUAUACCUCAAAUGAACCAUUUAACUUUGAGUUUGGUUUAACACUUUCUGAGUUAAUAACACUGUCAUUAUAUUUUAACAAUACUGUGAUUGUGUGGGAGAGUUGUUCUCUACGAUGCUUUCAAAUAAAUAAUCACAAAGUAAAAUAAGUUGUGGAGAAAUGUGCGCUAGUAAGAAUUGCACUGAUACACAGUAUUAAAAGUUGAAUACAGUUAACAAAUCUGUAGCUGUUAUUUAAUUAUCAAAUUUGAGAAUUUUCAAGUGUUUUAUUUGAUACUCUAAAAGUACGUGUAUAAUAUAUUGUAACAGCACAUUAAUAACCCAAGUUUUAUUGACAAAUGAAGUACAGUCAUCAUUUUUACACCUACUUGAAAUUAUUAUGCCUAAUAUUCCAAAAUUCAAUGUUGUUACAUCUUGUGAUAGUGUUAAAAUCUAACCCGUCACUCUUUUUGAUAUACAUGUAUUUACAGAGAGCAAAAUAUUUUGGGAAGUCUUGAAUGAUUAGCAAUUUUUGAGCCAGUAUAACUUUGAAACAGUACAUAAAUACCAUCAGAU